CAGUUGGCCCAAAAGGGCUACAAUUUGCUACUCAUUAGUCGUAAUCAAAGCAAAUUAGAUAAAGUCAAAGAGGAUAUCGAGACCAAAAACACCGACUGCUCGGUCCGUGUGUUGGCCCUCGACUUCAGCCGACACGACAUCUACGACACCAUUGACGAGGAGUUUAGCAAAUUGGGACAAAUUCACAUCUUGGUCAACAACGUGGGUAUGAUAUAUCCGGAUGAAAAACCCGAAUACAUGUGCGAUAUACCUGACCUGAACAAGUUUGUUAGCGAUAUACUGAACGUGAACGUGGGCGCCUGUACCAAACUGACCGCGAUGGUUUUGCCACGAAUGCUGGCCAAUGGCAGCGGCGCCAUCAUUAACCUGUCGUCGGCGUCGGCCAUAACACCGAUACCACUGCUAACGCUAUACUCGGCCACCAAAGUCUAUAUCGACUACUUUUCACGAGCCCUACACGAAGAGUACAGUAGCCGCGGGAUCGUUGUCCAGUGUGUGUUACCCUGUUUUGUGUCCACAAACAUGUCGUACAACAUCGACACCAACCUCUUCGUGCCCUCCCCUCCCGUCUACGUGAAGAGCGCCCUAAAAACGGUGGGCAAAGAGUCGCGAACUCCGGGCUAUUUCUCGCACCGGUGGCAGAGUUUUACGAUCUUCUGGUGCGCCGUUUGGCAGGAGUUUUUGGGCGUCAAUACACUCAUUAGGUUUCAUUAUUUUCGGCUCAAAAAUAUCAGGAAAAGGAUUUACACGAAAGAGGAGGCCAUGGGUUUGAAGGGAAAGGUCGACGAAGAGAGAGUGGUUCUUGAUAUACACGACUGA